GUCCCUAAUGACAGAAAAAAAGAGUCACAUACACGUAAACAUGUCAAAUUCCCCUGCUUAUACAGGAGCCCAGAGUCCGUUAUUAGUAGGGCAAGCCUUGGAGGAUAUUAGCCAACGUGACAACAUUGAGACAGAAACGCUGCAGAAAGAGCAGGAGACACUCAGCGCCCUGCAGGUGACUCUAUCAGAUGUUCAGAAGAACAGCGAUGAGGCUGAGAAGAAGCUUCAAUGUAAAGUGAGAGACCUCCUCAUCAUGGAGGAUGACAUGAUAAAUUUAGAGCAGAAAAUGCAGGCCGGACGUGACUGCUGUGCCUCCAUCACAGCAGAGAAGACAAAACUGCUGGAGCAAAUAAUUGAGGAGGAGGAGAAGGCCUGCAUGGCACGGGCCCAAUUUGACAUUUAUCAAAGAAAGAUGCAGGGCCACAGGCAGGCAGUUUUGAACGUUGUGGGCCAGACUGACAUUUGCAUGCAGGAGAAGAGGGCACUUGUCCAGAAACUGAGAAAUGCCAAGGAGGAACUGAAGCAGGAUUUAAAGAAUCCACAUGGAAACAGAGUUCAGACGGCAAAGAGAGAGAUUGAUAUGCUGACAAGGGAGAUUGGAAUGAUGAGGGAAAAUAUAGCACAGAGGAGGGAAGAUCAGCAAAAAGUGUUGGAAACCCAUGCCCAGAUAAAGAAAGAGAUUGAGAGCCAAAACAAGCACUUUGAAGCCAUUAGCAAGCACCUUCACUGUCAAAUUAUCAAGGCCCAGGCUGUCCACAGGCAAAUGUCCAGAGACAUCUACCACAUGGAGAGACAGAAAGCUGAGCUCCAAAGGCAACUGGAAUCAUCAAAUUACUCUGCUCAGUGCUAAAUCAAUAUAGACACAGUAGAUGGUGGAAUAGAACACCCUCCUAUUGUGGGAAUC